CAAGACUUGCACAAAGUUCGGAGGUCAGAUAAAGCUGCUAUGUAAGUCUAGUAUACGCAGUCCGCUUAUCAACAAUGUUCUUCGGACCUUCUCUUUUCCAGUGACGAUCUGGUCAAUGUCUUAGUGAAGGAUCUCCCAACCUCCUGCCCUCCAAAGUUCUCCAAACAGUCUGUUGAAUAACAGAUCCAGGCUGCCAUUCAUUUGCAAGUCUAUUCUGUUCUGGAUAUUCAGUUUGGAUCUGACCAAGCUACCCAGUUGGUUGCCCUUGGGACCUGAGCAAUGUCAGAUGGACUUUUGAAGCCACGAUGGGAAUGUGUGAUCUGAUCACAGAUCAUCCAGCAGCGCACGUGUCCCUAAUCCCAUGCACGUGACUUGUGCCCUCUUGCAGUCCCUUGCGUCGCCUUUACCUGCUGGCUGGAACGAUCGUAAAAGACCACGAUCCGGAUACUCCUUCAGUGCUAUUGAUUCAACUCUCAUGCCAUUCAACUCUGGCCAGUCGCCAUCGUCCUCUACGACUUGCACCGCCGUGAUGUGGUCUCAUCUCUGUCAUCGUCAUUCCAAACCCCCUCAACCCAACCUCUCAAGAACAGAUUAUAACUGGAGCCGUUCUUGAAUAGUGAAGCAUUGGGUCUGGAAACGGUUGUUGGAUAGGUGACUAUUUUUCACAUCAAACAGAUUUCCAUGAUCCCUUGGCUUUAUCAUGGAAAGAGAGACUCCACAGUCAGCACACAGGCUAUCGCCUGAUCGCUUCCACGUACCUCGUACUCGGUUUCCCAACGUCUCCUGCAGUUGUCGGACUCACAAUCAUUCGCUCUCACUCGUCGUUGGAAUCGUAAUUGGAAACCCGAUGGUUCCUGCGUUCAUUAGUAGUUUGGAGUCGACGCUCCAGCUGGAUCGUGUUGUCUCUGUUGGCUAGGAGGUGCGUGAUCCAUCGGUGCCAACUUCACAACUCUCUAGCCUCAACACUUCCAGCAUAGCAAGGCCUAACUUGCCUCUCGUUCUUCUACUUCACCCUCCGUUCCCCUCUGGCAAUGUCAUCGCCCAUCGCCGGCACGCGAGGUCAAUCUUCCUAAAAAGGCAAUCGGGCCGAGCCGGGAGUUGCCAGCAAACAAUCGACUUUUUGGACACCCGUCGCUGCCCCGCAGGACCAGCAUCUAGUCCCCGCUCGUUCGAACAACACACUCGAAAAUCCGGGCCGUUUAUCUGCGACGCGCUUUCCGCUUUCCAUCCCCCGAGCUCGCACCGCCCGUGGCAUGGCCCCCCGCGUUAAUUUACCCCCAAAGAAAAAUCGCGCGCGCUGUGGCAUCAAGUACCAGCUACGAAUCGUCAAAGGCGACCUUCCUGCAGACUCGGAGUUCAAAGAUGAGGACCAGCAUGAGGACAUGGCCUCAUUGGCUGUGGCAGAUGUCGACACCACUGAGGGCAAUGAACACCAUCUACAAGCUGCUCUUGCUACGAAGGCUGUCUUCAUUCCAACACCUGCCGCUGAAGGAAAGGUUUCCGACUACAACCUUCUGUAUCCCCCAGACAAAUGGAAGAAGCCUGCGACCUACAUCUACACCACGACGACGGUGGAAGAAGCUGUUACCAAUGCCUUUCUUGACUACGACCUGACGUACUAUAUGGACGAAGUCGACAUGCAAUGGCUGGAAAGAAACAAUCAGGAAGCAAGGGGGGAGGGAACUAGCGCUGCUGCUGAAAAACUCAAGGGUGGGGGGGCCGAAACGGGAUUACCCGUGUCCAUAUCUGAAGACGAGUUUGAGUUGGUGAUGGGUCUCCUCGAUAAACUCAUUGAGCCCACCGGAUUUCAUGGAUCAGGGCCCGACUUCUCUGCAGUUCACGAGUUUUUUGAUCGCCCUCUACCUAACAACAUCUUCGCUUCUUUUGCUGUGCCAGCCUGGGUUCCUCCUCCCCCUUCAUUGGCUUGUAUUGCCCGCCUGGUCUUUCCCCAUUGGAAACAGCGUCGGGUUGAGUUGGACGGACGGAAAAUUCAUCCUUCAAUCAACUACGACGAGUUUGAUUUCGCUAAUGAACCCUACGUCUGUUUCCGCCGUCGCGACCCCAAAGCUGUUCGGAAGACUCGGGCUGGUCAAGCUGUUAACAACGCCGAUAAACUCGUUCAACUGCACUACAACUUUUCGCAGGCUCUGGCAAUCGCAGAGGCCGUGCUCGAACGAGAAGGCUUUAAGCAACUUGCUGCGAUAGAGUCGGAGACUCUUUGGAAUGCACGGAAACCGAUGGCGGAUCUGUUCCGAAGCGUGCCAGGUUUGAUCACGAAAGCUGACGAAGAAAGGCUGACGGAGAGACCAAAGAAGAUCAGGCCCAACAAGUCAACGCUUCCCAAAGUCAAGGUUCUACCUCCCAGUCAUCCUGGCGGGGCGAACGGCGCCCUGGCUCCGGCGAUUUUGCCCUCAGAACGCGCUUUUAUUAUCCAAAAAGAAAUCUUGCAAUCUGUGCAAGAAGACACAGAUUGGCUGAGAUCACAUGCUUGCUUGGAUGUGACGGAUGACUCGUAUCAAGCACCUUUGGUACCGCGCGCCGACAAGAUGUGGGUGGAUAUUCCCAGUAAAGACAGUUCCAGACUGCGUGGGAUGCGAAUGCGCUUUGGGCGGGGUGGACGGCGAUUUAUCGAUCGACGGUCGAGUCAGCCACAUGUGGUUCCCUUAUGGAGUGAGCGCAGGAACGACGACGACGUUAUGGACGCUUGCGAGAACGACAUCGACGAUCAGGAAUUGGAGCGCCGCGUUCGAGCUCAAUGGCGGUUCGAUGCUGACACAUCUUUCGCUGGACUGGCUGAGGACGAACACCGGAUGUUUGUGGACGAACAUGACACCAAAUAUCUUGUAUCGCGACUGCAACGAGACAACAAGGAUGAAUUCUGCCUGGUGACGGAUGCGUCGAUUGUGACUCCGGGUGGCAACCCCGAUGGCAGCGACAAGAAGCACUUUCCAUUCGUCACCAAUGCCUUGCACACCGCCUUUAUCCACGGGAAGCAUCUCGGAGAAUAUUUCCAGUCCAUUGGGGUCAGCUCUGCACCCGGGCCUCGACCCGUCUCUACCCCUCAACCGGUAGCACCGCGUUUCCAACCGCCAGCACCUGUUCGCCAGGUUUCUCGUCCCGUCUUUGCUGCCAAUGCCAAUCCGAGUGCCACGAUCCCCAAGAUGCAGGAGAGCAUCUCACCCGGGAAACCCACUGCACUCAACAUACCAGUGUCCAUGCCGUCUCGGCCCAGCCCUGUCUCGAAUCCACGUGCUGUGACCAGCAGCCCCCCUGCAUCUGAAACUUCUAGGCAGGCUGUGAUUGCAAAUGGCCAGGCGGUUAACGGUCAUACCGUCAAUGGUCAUGCAGUCAACGGCCAGGCAGUCAACGGUCAUGCAGCCAAUGGCCAGGCAGUGACUGGCCUGGUAGUCAACGGUCAGCCAGUCAAUGGCCAAACAGUGGUCAUGAACGGCCACGCGGCUAACGGUCAUGGUCAUUCUCUGCACAACGGCGCCCGGUCAGCUCAUCCGACUUAUGUACCACUAGGUGCUGGCGCGGGAAUGAGUUUGAAGCUCCCUUACCGGCCGUCCGCUGCCGGUGAAAAAGCGUAGUAGUCGUACAUCGAAUGGAUCUCAUUUUGCUUGCUCUGGGUCUCGUCUAUGUUAGUUUCAUGCCCACUAACACAUCUGUGACACGCCUAAAUUCCUGCCGAAUCCCAACCUGGUUAGAUCUAUAGCGACACAGUCCUCAAUUCCAAUCUUUCCGCGACGUCAAUGGUUAACGUUUCGUGAUUGCCAGCCACGCCCCUGUUGCAGGGUUCAAGACAGCAAGAAGGCUGAUCGAUUCCCAUCUUGGACACCCGUAAUUUCCUGCCUUGUUCCUUAGCACUGUCUGGCACUGUCUGGCUCUCAACGACAUCCAUCUGGGAGACGGGGCGCGUCGUACAGAGAGAGAAAAGGGUUGGCGGGUGUAACAAGGGCGCAGUGGAAGCUGCACUGCUCAAAUCUUCGACUCCAUUUAAGCGACGCGUUCUACGGCAAUUUCCUCCGUAAUAGUAUCGUCUAGCGACGUCGCAUCGGACUUCUAAUCUGUCUACAUACUUCUCUCCUUUCCGACCCAUAUUCUGUCACCCAGCCCGGACGCGCACCGCGCAUGGCACCAGGGUCCUCAACUUCACCAUCCCCAUACACGCCUACGACUUUUGUUGUGAAUAUUCUACAGCUCGGCGGGGUCGAUGGCACCACUCAGUAGGGCUAUCGUUCUCUGUGUUAUCUCGCUUUCUCUCGCUGGAGGUGAUGUCGUCCAGACGGCACCACCCACAUGGUCACUGUACAAACGACAAUGGAUACGCCGGAGACUGAGCCCCGUCUGCCUCCUCUUCUUUCUUUUUCGAUAUCUGUCAUUGCUAGCUCUGGCUGGUUAUGGAUAUUUGACAUUCGAGUCUGAUUUCACGUAUGCGGAAUGCAAGGGGAUAUACUGGGCUCCGCUUGUUGCAGGCUCACUGGCGGGACUUUCGGCGCAAGCUUUGCUGGCCCUGAGGGUGCACCAAAUCUCCGGCCGUCCGAAGCGCCUGGGAUUCGCUCUAGGCGCGCUGCUGAUCCUGUUCGUCCCCAUGCAGAUCUUCGGUGCGGUUUAUCACCAAGAUGUGAGUCGACGAGUGCGGGAACAAGAAUGCUGCUAAUGAUUUGUGUGCGGCGCAGCCCGUUUUCCAGGAUGGCUAGUAAGGCUUCUUGCUGUGGGUUCCAAGUCUAUUCCUGGAUAAUGACUGUUCUGUAGCUGUCAGGCUAAAUCCCUUCAUUCCGGCGAGCCCAAGUGGCCGAUGAUGUGAAUGAGAUGCUGUCAACUUGAGGUGGUCAUCUGACAACGCAUUCGCAGGUAUUCCACCCUGCACACUAUUUUUGACCUCGCUACCUCGGUCGUUGCGACUGACGCUACUAUUCGUGCUUCCAUAGUACGAGGCGCACUGUGAGUGGUCUCACACUAUUACGAGUCUCGUUCCGAACCGCCGUGUGUGACAUAGCCAACCGCGAAUCUUGAUGCGACGAUCCAUCAGCCACGGGGUCCCGUUCUUCGUCGUCGUUUUGAUUGCGAACUUGUACGCGGAUCUUUGCCUAGCAUCUGGGCAUGCCUCAUCUCUGAUUGCAGUUGGAUAAUGCUGGAAUCGGCUGGUGUAUUCGUUUCACAUGCGGCGCCAAUCCUGCCGUUGACCUUGCAAUUCAUCGGUAGGGUGCAGUCUAGCCGUGUUCCAGGCAGCUUGCUGAUGGUCGUUUGCAGCUGUCCAGCACAUGAUUCUCGACUCUCAGCGCCGAUCACCAGAAGAACUGAAGACUGGAUUCGAAUCGGUCAGUGUCGGGCCGCCGCAGUUUCGGGUGCAGGCAAACAACGAAACAAUGGAUCUUGACGAUGAUGAUGAUGAUGCGAUCCUACCUGAACCUGUGGGGAACAAAAUUUUCAAGGGCUCGUACAGCUCUGACGAGCCGAGUUCAUCCGGCGCGAGUCGUCUCCAGCGAGACAUUCUGGACGCUUGACGCCAAGACUGGAGGACGAACUUACGACUGAAUCCUUAUUAUUGUACUUCUAGAGACUGCUGUGUAUCGGGUUCGUCAAAUUCCAGCUUUGAAAACCAGAUGCGAUGUAUGCGUUGAUUGCCGGUGCAGCCUACGCAGGGAUCUGCGCACGAUUUGAUUGUUUCAGCGGGUGUCGCAUCCAUCACGGCUCGGUCGGUCGCGUUUGGCAUCGCCACAAUCGGCUAUAUAACACGCUCUGCUCGUUAAUCAAUGUUUUCGGUUCCUUUGCUAUCUUUCACCCAGAUUCUCUCUUUGUUUCCUGUUUCUAUCCGUCCUCGCUCGCUUUCGGCCGGCCGAUUUGUCUCUCCAUCCUUACACUUGUUCUCGACUACACGAACGCACAACUACCACCACAUUCUAUCAUGAAGGUCUCUUCUGUCAUCACUGUGCUUGCAUUGGCGUCCUCGACGCUCGCCGCGCCUCUCCAGCAGGCCAUUUCGAAGCGCGCGGGCCCCGGAAAACGUGGUCUCUGCUGGCCCUUCUACAACGG